GGGAGCGACCGAGGAGGCGAGUAUAUGAGACACGAUGGUGGCGGGCAAUGACCUGGCGAAGGCAGACGAGAGCGCUCUUGGGAACGUGGCAGCUCGAGCCAAUCCGAUAGGCACGACGAGGCUGCUAGACGUUUUGUUCCCGUGUGUUACGAGUGUGACGAACCGGGCCACUACAGGAACCAAUGCCCAGAACUUGGUGGGGAUAGCGGUAGAUAUGCACGACAACGAGGUCGAUCGUUGUCUCCACGAUCGCAUGUGAGAGCACCGAUACCAAGGGCAACAUCGGAAGACCCGGUGAUGAAGCGGCAGAUCGACGAACUAGCAGCUUCAAUCGCGACUAUGAAGGAAGGCUUCGACACAGUUAAAGCUGAGAAAGAGGAGAAGCGGAAACGGAAACAAGAGAAACAGGAGCGUUUGAAACGCGAAGAGGAGGAAAGGCUGGCGGCGGAGGAAGCACGUCAAGCAGUGACUUGUAAAGCUAAACGGAAGGAAGAAAAGAAGCGGAAAGAGGAGGAAAGGAGGAAAGCGCUGAGGAAGGAGAUGCUGAUGGAGAUCUCUCUCCAUAUGGGCAAGCUCGGGGAAUCUUUACAGGUAAGUUAUGAACGGGAGACUAAGGUGCGCGAGAAAGGUAAAGCGAGUGUUGUGGAAUCUCCAUUGACGGACGAAGAUGAUGCUGAAUCAUAUGACAGUGACGUAGACACACUAAGCCGACAGACCGAGCAUCUCGGCAUCAGCGAGAAGCAUAAACGUAGUGCGGAUAAGCCCGUAGGGGAUAGUCCGCCAAUGGUGACGCCGGCGAAACGUAUGACGAAGCGACGACUGCAACUUGGAUGCAGACACCAACAGAUGAAGAAGACAUCACCGCGGAGGACACUGUUGUCGGGAAGAAGGAAGAUCCCGGCUGCCCCGGGAUCGGUAGGUAAGUUGAAGUUCGUAACUGAGAACCUUAAACGGUUGGGGGAUCUCAAUGUCGAGGAACUAAAGCGCAUCUGUGUGUCGGAGGAUGUACGCUAUGAUGGCAAGAAAAUGCAAGCAAUUAUCGCCAUUACCGAGAAACGAACACUGAUGGUUUAUGGGGACGAGGAGAAGCAGGAGCUGGAGGAGGUGGAAGGAGUCGUCGGUGAACAGGUUGAUAAGGAUGAAGAAGGCGAUGCAGCAUAUGAAGUGUGAACACCAGGCACCCUGAUAGAGCUAACCUGUUGUUGAGUGAGAUUAGGAGUGGGAUAGAAGGCUGGGCAAAUUUUUGAGGACCGGGACUCAGGUUGGACAGCGAAGAGGUGGAAGCAUGCAUGACUGCUACAGACGAGUUAACGAGUAAAUGUUUGGACAGUAA